AUGUCGGACAAUGGAAAGUCACCAACCGAUAUCAUCACCUAUAUAGGUGUGCCUUUGGCAGUCUUGGGAGUUCUCCCAAUUCUGUACAACACUCUAUCAACACUCAUCUCCCUGUCGCGAAUUAAGCGCAUGCUUCGACACGGUCGCUUGACUGCGCUCACACGCAGCGAUAUCGUCAAUCGCAUAAUUGAGAUAGAGCUCCCACGCUAUGCCGUCAUGCCAUUGGACAGGUUCCAGGAUCGCUCCGAGUACUGGACUCUCUCGCGUCACCCAAGUUCUAUCCCCGGCGGAAGCUGGACCACAUUCAAUUGGAAAGCGCAUUCAAUUGGUAUGAAGACUCAACGCGUAGAAUAUGCCGAUCAAGUCCGCCAACCGCAAGUCGACGUCGCGUUCGAUGAGCUUGUGUGCUAUCUACUAGACCUUGGCGCUGUUCCCAAUCCUCAUGCGUGGAAACUACUGCGUUCGUCUGGGUUGUGGACGCCUGUGGGAUGCUGCUUGAUGAUGUCUCCGGAGGGUCGACAAGAUGCUCUGACGGUGGCUCCGUCGAAUGAUUCGGAUGGCAAUCUCUCUUUAGCUGUGGCCUGGUCAAGCUCUUGGAUUACAAGGGAUUAUUCUAACCUGCCGCCAUAUUGGUUAAGACUACCAUCACCGCCUCCAAAGGAAGAGGUUGGUAACAAUGGGAGUGCAUCUUCUGAUGUCCUGUCCGAAACACACCAAAGUGCGGAAGAUGUGUUGAAUGAAGCAAAGAGGGGACCGCAACAUGCCGACUCGGUCGACCACCACUCAAUAGGAAGUAGGAGCCGUGGCAACUCAAGCAAGGCCAUCACCUGCCAGAUUUCUAUGUCCGGGCUCGCCACAGCCAUGGUUGAAGAGAGCCACUACGGUGCUCCGACUACCGUGAACCUCGAGGGUCUCUACAUCGACCACCUACGUACCCAUCCUGUCAAAUCCGAUGGUGUCUGGUUCGCCAGUGCAGCUACUGCUUUUGGAACCUCGAGCCAGACCAUUUUAUGGAACUACAAGAUCCCAGACGAGAUACUCUCUUUUGCUAGGAAAGAAACGGUGCCUUGCGGAGUUCUGGUCGUCUUAGGUAUAGUCGAUGAAUCUGAAACGCCUACUUGGGCGACGAAGCAUAACGACUACGGUGCAGAUCUACAACAAUUCACUAAAAGGGCUCAGGAAGAGCGUGCUGCGCUUGCUGCGGAAUCUCGGUUGCCUCCCGCUCAGCAACAAGCGGCGGCGCAAGCGAGGAGGCAGAAAGAGAAUCAACAGCGCAUGGAGGAUAUGCGUGACAAACUCAGGACCAGCCAGAUUAGGCGAGAUCAACGCAUGAUGGAAGCCCUACAAAGCCCAAGAUGGGACACAAAGCUCGUUGCCGAACACUGCCUCCGAUGGCUCCAAGAAAAAGGUCACUGGGAUAGCUCCUCAACCGUCAAGGACGUCGUUGGCUUUAUUCUGCAUCGCAUGGUCCUGGACGGAGAGUUUGCAGCGAGUAUCUGUCGCAUGCUAGACAAGUGGAAGGCUUGGGCUGAUGUUGGUGGCAUGAAGCAGUCGGACUACCAGGCUGUGCAAGACGACCAGGUUGACUUUGCUCACGCUAUUCUGUUGGUGGCCAUCAUCAGAGAUGCGUCAAGUGCUCUUGAGGGGACGCUUUCGAUGGACUUGCAGGAGUGUCUGAGGAUGUGGAGAAAGGUCAGGCUGGGAUGA